UGGAAUUUCUUAUCUUUUCGCUAAAAAGGUUUAAAAACGUUAUUCUUCUAGCUAGUGCCCUACUAUCAAUUUCGUACACCUCCAAAAUGAAUUAUUUUAUGAUUACUAGGUAUAUCCUACUUACAUUUCAAUAAGGGAAAACGUGAAAAACAUUUUUUUUUAAAUGCCAAAAACAUUUUCCGCAGCCUUUGAAUAUAUUGCUAGGAAGGUAUACGAUCCUUUAUGGAUCCAUUUACUUAACUUGAAAAACUUCGCUGUAUAAUAUACCAUAAAUGAUAGUAAACAUUAUUGUACCCCCCUCCACCAACCAAAAACACUACCUGCUGUUUUCCGUCUUCCACUCCAUACAGUUUAGUUAGUCUCGUGUAGCGGUGCCGUGCUGUUAAUAAAACAAUAAAACGAGUGUUAUUUGUGCGCUGAAAAAUAAUGAACAUGUCUCGCGAGUGUAUAAUAUGUGACAAAUCGUUAGAUGAUGGAACUCAGACAUCUAUAGUAAAGGAAAAGGGGUUGGAAGGUUUCAUUGAAGCAAGUAAAGGUCGAGAGGAUGGUAAAAUAGAUUUGUUUAAUAGAUAUAAGACUGCUAAAGAGGUUGAGGUUCACGAAAAAUGUAGGAAAAGAUAUACUAAUCAAAAAUUAAUUAAUGCUGCCCGUAAGAGGAAUACACAAAGUAGUAAUUCAUCUGCACUUCGCUCCAAUAUUCCCCAAUUCUCAUUUAAAACCCACUGUUUUAUAUGUGGGGAGGAAGUGCCACCAGAUUAUUCAAACAAAGAAAUAAAAAAACCAGCAUACCGCCGUAAUCCUGUGUACCCUGUGACCCAAUUUACUGUAGGUAAAAACAUAGAGAGGCUGCUGAAAGAUCGAAAUGAUGAAGUCGGACGUGCUAUUUUACUUCGUAUAGGUUCAGUGCAUGAUUUGCCAGCUGCUGAUGCUCAAUACCAUUUUUUAUGCAUGAAAGAGCUAUACCUUCCCAAAAGACAAACAAAAACACAAGGUAGGCCUAGAAAUGAUGUGGAUGAAGAAAUGCAAUGCAUUUUCAAUUACAUUGAAGAUAGUUCUGAAGAAUGCCAGUUUACAAUUGAAGAACUAAUAAAUAAGAUUGAAAGUGACUGUCGUCCUCACCCAAGAACAGUAAAACAGCGCCUCCUUGAGAAGUAUGGCGAUGAUAUAUGUAUAACAGCCAAUAUGCCUUAUAUUGUGUGUUUCAAGUCCACAGGUCACAAGAUUAUUAAUGAUUUUUGGUAUCAAAAUAGGUUGUCAGAGAAAGAAGAAAGGACAAGGAUCGUUGAAACAGCAGCUGCUAUAAUUGUUGAAGAUGCACGCUCUCAAGUGUACAAUUUGACACAGUACCCUUCAUCAGAUACUUUUAUAGAUAAUUUGAACGACCUAAUUCCAGAAUCUCUCCUAGCCUUUACAGAUGCUGUAGUAAUGAGCAAGAAAAAAGGAAAUUUCGAAAAAUGGAAGAAGCAAUCUCUUGCAAUAGCCGACUGCUUGCUCACAGCCAUAAGGCCAAAGUCAUAUAUAUCUCCUUUGCAAGUGGGCGUUGCAACUUUUUUGUACAAGAAGUACGGAUCACGAAGGUUAAUCGAUGUGCUAAGUUCAUUGGGAUUUUGUUCAUCAUACACAGAAGCCGUACGUUUUGAAAUGUCCUCUAUGUUGGAACCACAUCUAACUCUUAGGAAACAAGCACUAUCUCAAUUUGUUUACGAUAACGCUGACUUUAACAUCGGAACUAUUGAUGGGCACAACACAUUCCAUUCGAUGGGUGGCAUCAUUUGUGUCACUCCAAAGUCGGCUGUUGUCUCGAGUCCACACAUCGACCGGUUAAAGGAUUUACCUUCAGCAGAAACUAUUGGAUGUCUCGGAACCCUUCCAGUGAAAGUGUUUGAAAAGACAGGGCCAGGCCUAGCUGCUAUUCAAAUCAACCCUCUAACUUUAAAUUUCAGUCACAAAAGUUUAGUUAGCCCAUCUGCAUCACACUUGCUGUGGCUCUAUGGAAAACAUAUGAACCGUCUAGGAAUUGGUGGGUGGAAUGGGUUUAUGGAAGACUUAACAAGAAAUAAACCUCACGACAUUACAUAUAUUAACUGCCAGCCAUUCAUUAAUUCACCACCAAGCGACUAUAACACGAUCUACACUGCUUUACUGAGUAGUGUUGAAAAAUCAAAAUCAUUAAACCAACAAAGCACUAUUGUUACCUUCGAUCAGCCACUCUACCUGAAGGCGCGGGAAGUGAUUGCAAGUCGUCAGGGAGACCCCGAACUGCAACAUGUGAUUCUACGGCUGGGUGGAUUUCAUUUACUGAUGUCCUUUAUGGGAGCUGUGGGCUUCAUAAUGGAAGGUAGUGGAUUAUCGGAACUUUUCAACCUCAUUUACGCUGCUGUUAGCACUGAAAAAUUGCUGACAGGUCACGCCUAUGCAAGGGCUGUUAGAGCACACAUGCUGGCUCACAGGACUCUGGCCUCAAUAAUAUUGGAAACAAUAGAUUUUUCUGCCUCAUUUCAAUCCGAAAUUGAACAAAUUUUGUACUGCUCUGAUCGAUCGGAAAUUUUGAGCGCACAUGACAAGGAUUGUGUUAAGGAGCUUGUUUCAAAAUUUAAAGACAAGCUUGAACAAUUCACAAACUUAGGGCCCACUGCCAAAUUGUGGAGUCAGUACUUUCAAAUGGUCACGCUAAUUUUAACUUUCAUAGAUGCAGAGAGAACAGGCAACUGGACUUUACACCUGGAAACCAUUCAUGACAUGCUUCCCUAUUUCCAUUCCAGUGGACAUUUUCUCUAUGCGAAGUGCUGCCACCUGUAUUUACAGGAUAUGAUGGAGCUACAAAACACUAUGCCCCCUAAUGAAUUCAAAGCUUUUACUUUGCAAGGCGGGUUCACUAUUCGGCGAAGCAAUAAAUUUCGUUGUGGAACAUGGAGUGAUAUGUGCAUAGAGCAAGAGCUCAUGAAGCAUAUGAAAUCUUCUGGCGGGCUCACUAGAGGUCGUGGUACCAGCGACGCUAUUCUGUCAAGAUGGACUUUGGGAAUGGCAACGUACAGAAAGAUUUGCGAUGCUGUGGAACGAUUUAGCGGUAUAGAUUUUGCAUCAUCAGAGCAACAUAUAGAUACUCGAGAAUCCUCGCAAACCCGAGACAAUAUUGAUGCAAAGAAAAUGAUGGAGUGGUUCCACCAACACCCGCCCUUCCAGAAGACAGCUGAGCUCAUUUCUUUAAGCACAGGGGUCAUGGGUGAUGAAAAAAUAAAUUGCCACUUGUCUAGGGAGGAAGGAGUCAAGUGUAUUGACAAAAUGUUGGCAAUUGCUGGCAACAAUUUUGAGUCAGUUAAGUUUAAGCGAAGAGAUAGGGUGCUGUCACUUGCCACCAUGAAAUCUUCAAUAAUAGUUCAUGAUCAAUCUGUAGUUGUUAAUCCAACUACCCUAUUUCAACGCAUGAGUAUUGCUAAAGAGUCAGACGAGGAACUCGAGGAGUUCUUGACAUACGAACUGAGCCCCUUUCCACUUGCCCUAUUUGACGAAAAGAAAGGUGGUCUAAUGAGGAAAGGGACAAAAUCGACACUGUACAAAGCUUUUCGAGGAGAACCUGACACAUCUAUAUUGGAUAAACAUCCCAAAUAUGUUGUUGACGGUGGAUUUCUUCUACACAAAGUUGUGUGGCCUGAAAAGAAGACAUUUGGUCAAAUUUGUGACAGCUACAUUGAAUACUUAAAGAAAAAAUAUACAUCAACCGCAGUAGUAGUCUUCGACGGCUACUCAGACGCACAAAGAGGAACUAAACAAAUGGAGCGCAUGAGAAGAUCCAUGACUCAGUCAGUUGACAUCCAAUUCAAUGACAAAAUGGUGCCCACGGUCCCCCAGGAAAAGUUUUUGUCUAAUCCCUACAACAAAAGCAGAUUCAUUAGCAUGCUUCUACAGAAACUGAGUGCAUCGCAAAUUGACACGAAGCAAGCAAGUGAAGAUGCAGACACUCUGAUUGUGCAAACAGCCCAAUCUCUUGCUGAAGAGCACGAAACUGUUGUAGUGGUUGGUGAGGAUGUAGACCUCCUGGUUAUUAUGAUUGGAACCCUGACGUCAUCCAAUGUAUACUUUUUAAAACCAGGAAAAGGCAAACAUCUUCCAUCUGUUUACCAUCCUUCAAGUACCAUCGAUAAAUGCCUGGCAGAACAUAUACUAUUCAUACAUGCAGUCAGUGGUUGUGACUCCACAUCUGCUCUGUUCAAACAAGGGAAAGUCAAGUUUAUAAAAACCCUUACAAAGUAUCCUGAUCUGUCAGUCUACAUUCGACAAUUCAGAAGCCCACGUGCCACAUCAGAAGAAAUUUCGGAGGCAGGGGAAAAAUUCCUAGUGGCCUUGUAUGGCGGAGAUCAUCGCACUACUUCAAUUAAUAAGCUGCGUUACAAACAGUAUGUGUCAUCAGCAUUUAAGGUUAGCGGAAAUGUAGCGUCCAUCCCUCCCACUAAAGCUGCAGCCCAACAACACUGUUACAGGGUAUUUCACCAAGUACAGCAGUGGCUGGGGAAUAUUCAACUACCUGAGCAGUGGGGAUGGAAACUUAUUAAAGGCAACUUGAUUCCCAUCACGACCCUUGAGCCCCCAGCUCCAGAGAAGCUUCUGAAACUCAUUGCCUGCAAGUGCCAGAAAGGUUGCAAGGGCAAUUGCGGAUGUAUAAGGGUUGGGUUAUACUGCUCCAGACUGUGUCUGCAUUGUGAAGGAAGAUGCUCUAAUAUAGAAAUAAUGCUGAGUGAUGACGAUGAAGACGUUUCACCUGAGAAGCUCGAAGUAGAGAGACCAGCGCCUAUCCUUCAAGAACUCGAGCAAUCCACUGACCAGAAAGGGCUAAAGAGAAAACAUUACGUCGCUCCGGAGAUACAGCCUGGACCUUCUAAACGGAUCAUCUGCGAACGCAAUGCUGAGCUUUAUGCAGGUAAUGACUUCUUCUUCUCCAUCUUAUUUUCAGUUUUAUCUUUUUUUUAUAAAUAAUAUUAAAGUCUAUUGUGCAAAGACAUAUUAAAUUCUGGCCGUAAUGGACAUGAACGACAUUGAUUUUAUUAUAGUUAUCUAAAGCCUCCAUUUUCGUUGUUUUAGGUGAUAAUUCUGCAGAUGAGGACGCCGACGACGAAUGAACAUAAAAAUUUAGAAAAAUAGUGUUUUUGCUUUAUUUUUUGUGUAAAUAAAAAUUUGUUCCAAUAUGUUUUCUUUUAUCAAAACAUUAUU